UUGGUUCUGUUGUAUUUUUUUUAAUACAGGUUCUUACUAUGUAACCUGGGCUGACUUCAUACUUAUUCUCCUGUCUCAGCUCUCUAAGUGCUAAAAGUCAUAGGCUUGUGCUACCAUACCCAGAUAACAAUGUAUAAAUUGCUUAUAAUCAAGGAAUAGCUGAUACAGUGCUACAUAUGCAAAUAUUUAUUAAAUACUAUCAUAAAAAUUUAUAGAGCAUAUGAAACAUGGAGACAUGGCAGAAGUUCCUCUAUCCACUUGGACAUAAAAGGGCAACUUUGGAUUGUAGAUGUAGCUGAGCAGUAGAGUGUUUGCUUACCAUGUGUGCAGCAUUAGGUUCAAUCUCAAGUACCACAAACAAUAACAAACAACAGAAUCACUGCUUAACCUGUUAAUACAAAGAGCUUAUUCAGUGAAAACUGCAAUUACAAGCACAUGUGAGAUUCUUACAAGUUAAUAAUAACAGAGCAAAACUAUAUGUCUAUGAUACUAUAAAGCUACAAAGUAACACAGGAGGAAGGCACUAUGACACAUGCCUGUAUUUCCAGUGCUUUCAGAGGCUAAGGCAAGAGGACUGCUUAAACCCAUUGGUUCAAAACCAGCAAUAUACUUAGAGUCUGUCUCAAAAACACAAAACAAAACAACAAAAAGUAAAUAAAUAAAUAAAACCACAUAUGAUUUACAUGAAAGACUCCAUAUCUUACUCCUUUAAAGAGUAAAUUGUAUUAAACUUGAGCACAGCACAAAAAAGUCAUAUAAAAUUCUAUUUUUUUUAAAGAAAAAACAAACCUUUUAUCUCCAUCUAAUUGAAGGAGUUAGCCUACAUUUUCAAGCCUACAUAAGCAAAGGGUUUUGUUAUUAUCUAGUAGGUAGGAAGGACAUUCUCAAAUGCUGACCCUUUGGUAACCAAUCCUUUGAGUCACUUUUUUAUUCCUUCUCUAUUUGAAAAGAAUGCUGUACUUAUGAUCCCACUUGUACAAUCUUUAAAAUCAAUUUGACACAAUGUUUCAUAAACCUGCACCAAGUCUAAUUCUGACUGAUCAAAGUAACUCAAUCCAUGGGGGGAUCUGAAAACCAAGAGUACCCAGUGAUUUGCAUCAAACAGAAAACACUGGAUUUUGAGACCUUUAGUUGGCUAUAAGACUGCUUUUCUGUUGCUGUGAUAAACAGCAUGACCAAGGAUGGGUCCAUCAUGGCAGCAAGCAGCCAGCAGGAACAGAAGCUGAGAGCUCUUGAACCUCAAGCACAAAACAAAGAGAAAAAACUGGAAAAAAAAACAAAGCCCACUUCUGGUGGUCUGCUUCCUCUGGCAAGACUACACCUGCUAAACCUCUUCAAACAGCACCAUCAACUAGGGACCAAGUGUUCAAAUACAUGAGCCUAUGAGGGUCACUUUUGUUUUGUGUUGUUGACUUGACACAAGCUAGAGUUAUCAGGGAAGAGGACUCUCAACUGAGAAAAUGCCUCCAUCAGACAGUCUGGAGGCAAGUCAGUAGGUCAUUUCUGGAUACAUGAUUGAUAUGAUAUGGGAGGGCCAAGUUCACUGGGGGGCAGUGCUACCCAUGGACAGAGGGAUGCUUGGAGAUAGAAGGCACUGUGACAGGAAUAGAACAUAAUAUUUAGACAACUUCAUGUAACAUACUUGUUCCCUCAGGACCUGUUCCAACCAGAUCACAUCUAUACCACUUCGAUUUGUUGGACGGUUGCUGUGAUGUGUGACUUUAUGGUUUGGUGGGUGCAAUAACACCCUGUUCAUAAAGGGAAGCUCAGGCUGCAGGGUGACCUGGUGGCCAAUAGUCAAAUGUUCAGUUUUCAGAUCUUCCUAAAGCAAUGGCGGCAGGCGGCAGCGAUCCACGGGCUGGCGACGUAGAAGACGCCUCUCAGCUCAUCUUUCCCAAAGAGUUUGAAACAGCUGAGACACUCCUAAACUCUGAAGUUCACAUGCUUCUGGAGCAUCAAAAGCAGCAGAAUGAGAGUGCAGAAGAUGAGCAGGAGCUUUCAGAGGUUUUCAUGAAAACCCUAAACUAUACAGCCCGUUUCAGUCAUUUCAAAAACAGAGAGACCAUUGCCAGUGUUCGUAGCUCGCUUGUCCAGAAAAAGUUACAUAAGUUUGAGUUGGCUUGUUUAGCCAAUCUUUGUCCAGAGACUGCUAAGUCCAAAGCUCUGAUUCCAAGCCUGGAAGGGCGUUUUGAAGAUGAGGAACUGCAGCAGAUUCUCGAUGAUAUCCAGACCAAGCGCAGCUUCCAGUACUGAUGUCCAGACACCUGGUCCUGAGACAGCUCCAGAACAGCACCACAUCUUCGUCAGCAUCACACAGGAGUGAUGUUGCAGAGGACAUUUGGACUGCUUUUUUACUGUUUGCUUUAUUGAGAUACAGUGUCACUCUGUAGUCUUCAAACUCAUGAUGGACCUCUGACCUCAGCCUCCCAAGUGCUGGGAUUACAAGUGUGAGCCAAUGCUCAAGGAAGGCUUUUGGAGGGGAAAGGCUGGCUUGGAGAUGGUCUAGGUUGCUGUCUCCACAGUGACUAUUAGACCAUAAUUAUUGUGUCUUCCUGUUACAGCCUUAUAAGGACUGUUAUGGUCAAGUGUGCUACAAUCUGGACUGGUGAGGUAGAGUGAUAUGUUCACUACCUCUUAUCUUGGUUUUUUGGACCCUGUGUUAUUUGUUCUUGACAUUUCAAUUUUUAAUAUAAAUAUAGUUUGUAGUUUUUAAAACUAAAAAAAAAAUGUUCAGUUUUCACUAAGGUCCCACUAACAGGCCAAGAGCUGUCUCUCAAAAGAAGUUAUCUAUAGAUGGUCUUACUCCAAAAUCCUAUGGGCUUCUACUGGGAUUGACCUAUGGGACUACCAAAGGCUCCAAACAGCAUUCACCUACUGGUUUGUGGGGUGUGCCCUAUAGCUUAGAUGACUGAGGAAGAGAGACUGGGGCACAGUUAACUGGUGGUUCUUCACACUGUGCAGCACCAGAAGUGGAUAGCCACAGCAUUAUAGCUCUUUUCUGGAAAAAUCCUGAAAGACUUCAGAGGGAAAUGUUCACAUUAGGUAAAACUUCAGGCAGUGCACACAGUUGCAGAUUUGUUAGGGAGGAUAAAUGGCAAGAUGUGUGAUUGUUCACUAAUUCAUGGGCUGUGGCCAGAUGUGUGAUUGUUCACUAAUUCAUGGGCUGUGGCCAGAUGUGUGACUGUUCACUAAUUCAUGGGC